UCAUCUCCCACAAUUCUCUGCGCGUAAAAGACGGUGACGUCAGAGGAUGGCGACGCUUCGACACCGGGCGUCUUCGAAGAUUCAGCUGAACAUCUCCUCCACAGACCUCGUACGACAACGUUCAGUUCAAGAGGAGUAAGGAUGCACCGACUGUAUGUCCUGCUUUGGACUCGGUUUCAUUGACAGUCCUGUCUACCACGAGACAAUAUGCCCUAUCACUGUGUGGCCUAUGGAUGUGGCAAAACUGCAGAAGAUGGUGUGACCUUGUUUAAAUUCCCCAAGGACUCUGAAGAGUUUCGCAAAUGGGAGAAACAGGUCCAGCGCACCCGCUCCAAGUGGGUCGCCACACCCAACUCUCACCUCUGCAGUCAGCAUUUUGGCAAGGAGUACUUUGAGCCCAGACCUGCUACCGGGACUCUCAAGCUGAAGCCGGGAGCUGCUCCUACAGUGUUUGUACGUCCACUCUGUUCCUCCUGCAGUGGAGCUGGGUGUGGUAAAUGCCUGCCUGCUAUCCAACGCAAAGGCAUUACAGCUGAGCCACGAGAGCACAAAAUAAGUGCCGAACACAAUGAAUUAGCUCCCAGGUCUAACGAUGCUGGUGAAGGAGGUGACAAAGGAAAUCUGACAGGAGGAGCGAUGAAGCCAGGAGACCAAAGCGGAGACGACCGACCAGUUGUGUGUGAGAUGUGUGGCAUCCCCGGCACCUUUAGCGCCUUCUUCUCGAAGAGCAAGCGUUUCUGCAGUAUAUCCUGUUCACGCUCUUAUUCAUCAAACUCAAAGAAGUCUUCGAUACUGGCACGUCUGAAGGGUAAGCCCCCCUCCAAAAAAGCUACUGUGCUAAGAAAGGCAAGCAAAGUCCCUUCAACCCCGACAGGACCGACUGGUUUUGAUUGGGGCAACUACUUGGAGAAGGAAACAUCCCUGGCUGCGUCGGUCUCCUGCUUCAGACAUGUUCCACUCUGUGCCCAGUGGGACGACGUCAUCUUAGGGAUGAAGGUGGAAGUUCUGAACAGCAACGCUGUCCUGCCCAGUAAAGUCUACUGGAUCGCUACUGUUAUCCAGAUUGCAGGAUACAAAGCUCUGUUGAGAUACGAAGGCUUUGAGCACGACAGCAGCCAUGAUUUCUGGUGUAGCCUCGUUUCAGGCGAGCUGAAGCCAAUUGGGUGGUGCGCCAUGACGAGCAAGCUGCUGGUGCCACCUCAAGAUGUUAAGCAGAACAUUUCAGAUUGGAAAGAAUAUCUGAUGAAAAAGUUGGUGGGCACCAACACUUUACCUGUUGAUUUCUACACAAAGCUGUCAGAGAGCAUGAAGACCUCUUUUAAGUUAGGCAUGCGCGUGGAGGUGGUGGACCCCAAACACGUGAGCCAAACCCGCGUGGCCGCCAUAGACUCCAUAAUCGGUGGCCGUCUGCGGUUGGUGUACGCAGACCAAAGUGACGCCCCGUCCAAUGUCGUUGCUGAUUUCUGGUGCCACAUGUGGAGUCCUCUCCUUCACCCGUUGGGCUGGUCCAGCAAAGUGGGUCAUGACAUAAAGUCACGUACAAGUUCUAUUGGUGGUUUAAGGCUUAACUCAGACUACACAUUCCUGCUCUUUAAAAAGCCCAGGAUCGUCUACAUGGAGGGAAGUUUCUUUGAAGAAGGAAUGAAGCUAGAGGCCAUUGAUCCUCUGAAUCUGGGAAACAUCUGUGUGGCCACUGUACGCAAGGUGCUGUUAGAUGGUUUCCUGAUGGUUGGUGUUGAUGGCCCACUGUCAGACAACAGCUCUGACUGGUUUUGUUACCACGCGUCCUCUCACGCUAUCAUGCCUGUAGACUUCUGUAAUAAGAACCACCUCCCUCUCACCGUGCCUCAAGGUUAUGACUCACAGACAUUCACCUGGGAAAAAUACCUGAAAGAGACCAACGCUAAAGCUGCACCGGCACGACUGUUUAACGCUGACUAUCCAGGUCACGGUUUCAGUGCCAACAUGAAGCUGGAGGCAGUGGACUUGAUGGAGCCACGCCUGGUGUGUGUGGCCACAGUUAAACACUGUGUGGGUCGCCUGCUGCUCAUACAUUUUGACGGUUGGGAGGAUGAGUUCGACCAGUGGGUCGACCACCAGUCCCCAGACAUCUACCCUGUGGGCUGGUGUGAGCUCAUGGGCUACCAGCUUCAGCCGCCUCCUGGACUCAUUGAUUUAAUCACAAACGAGGUGGUACGGAGCAAGAAAUGCAAGCACUUUUAUUACGGAAAGAGGAGAAAGAAGUAUGGAAGGAAGAGGCUCUCUGAUGAACAUGCUGAAGAUGAUGUUGCUCAGCAGUCUGAGGUCAGUGGCCGUAAGAGUCCCUCAGGGCUGUUAGACCUCAGUCUUCCCCCCAGAAUGCCUCUCAUCCAACCCAAGACUGAACCAGAGGAGCAGGAGAUCUCUGCAGUGCAGGUGAAAGUGGAGGAGGUGGAAAUGGAGAUGGAGACACCUAUUGAUCCUCCAGGCAGAACGCAACAAGUCUCUCAGGGCAUUGUCAAACCGGAGGGGGGAGGGAAACCAAGUACAUCAGGACAACGUGACAUGCCUGCGAAGAACUGCUCGGACAAGGAAGCACGUGAAAUGACAGAGAAAAAAAAAGAUGCACUUGAAGAGCUGGACUCAAUAGACGUGAGUUUCACUGGAGAAAGCAACAUGGUGCAGAGUGAUAGUGAAAGACAAACACUAGACCAAGAGGAGCAGAGCCAAGAAAAUGACCUUCCCAUGGAAGAAAUAUUGGAGCAAGGAGCGGUUCAGGCUGGAGGAAUGAAGAGAUGAGUAAUUUGUAGAAAAGAUGGAGACACAAAGAUGACAACAUGAUGGAGAAUUAAGACAAUGUGGCAGUGAAAAAAAGACCAAGAGGAGACUAUGGCGAUAAAACAAUAUCAAUAUUUAUCGCAAUAUAAUUUUCAUCAAUAGCAAUAUAACAAAGUCCAAUAUAUAUAUAUCGCUAUGAGGCUAAUGAUGGUGCAAACAGUCAGGAGGUAGAACUCACUAUUGAUCUACCUUAGAUUUUUGCUGUUUGCUCAUAAAGAGAUUAAAACCUUAACCUUAAAAAAGAAUCACUCUAAAUGUGAAAGAAAUCAUUUUGAUAUUGUGAUAAUAUUGACAGAUAUGAAAAAAUGUAUCUUGAUGAAAUGUUCGGCCAUAUUGCCCGGCCCUAGAGAAGACAGAAAACAGCAGCCUGGUGUAUUCAGAGCAAGAUGUACAUUAGUAGCGAGAGCUGCUGGUUAGUGAUAAGACCUUUGUCCUAGCUGAUUUGGCGACAACUACUGGUGGUCGCCACUACUACAGGUCCCACAAUUCCGGGACUUAGAGGUAAAAACAAGCAACUGCAAAACUAUACAAACCCACACUGUUCUUAAUAAGUCAAUGAACAAUGAUUGCAACCAAUAUCAGAUGUCAACAGCGGAGCGUAUACCUCAAAAUGACUGCAUCCUGUUCAUAAGUACCAUCCUAAUCAGUUUUCCUCUAUCUCUCCACGUUGGUUCCACUAAACACAGAUGCCAUGUGUGUCUCAUGUUUUGAAGUUAUAUGACUAAAAUGAUCUUUCAUCAUUUUGGGUUGUUGACAAAUAUUUGUUAUGCCUUAUUUUUUCUGUUUGUAUUUAGUAAAUAUGCAAUUUAUGAUUUAAAAAUUCGUUGUACUCCA